ACAAGGAGGAAAUGACGGAAAUGAAAAUCCAACUGUCGUCUCUGCAGACUCAACUAGACAGCGAACGUGCGGAAUUACAGAAGGAGAAAGUUGACGGGGCGUCUCUGAGGGAGAGACUGGCUGUGCUAGAAACCAAGUUCCAACUCGGGCAUGCUAAGGAACACAACUUUCGAGAGCCGCCGUGCACUGCAGUACCACUGGGUAUGGAGAGCGGCGCUAUUCCUGAUGGCUACAUUACUGCAUCCACUACGCACCAGGUUUGUGCCACCAGCGAAGCUCGCCUUCAUUCCAGCCAAGCGUGGUGUGCCAACAACCCGCUGAACACCAACCAGUGGCUACAGGUUGACGUGGGAGCAGAGACUACUGUAGCUGGAGUUAUCACCCAGGGUAGACCUGGUUCGUCAAAUCAGUGGGUGACCUCCUACAAACUGCGCUUCAGCAGAGACGGAGUCAUGUGGUCUACAUACCUGGACAAACUGGGACGUGAGAGGGUUUUCCCUGGCAACUCCGAUCAGGACACCGAAGUGCGCCACCUGUUGGAUCUGCCGGUAACUGCACGUUACGUCAGGUUCUGGCCGCAGACAUGGAAUUCUCACCUCAGCAUGCGGGUGGAGGUCUUGGGACAGGACUGCACCGGUGACUAGACGCAGCAUGUAGAGAUUUCCAAAGCACAGAUUUGCACAUAACAGGAUGUAUAUAUAUAUGUGCAUGUAUCUGUUUCGCAGUUUGAAGUGAACCUCCAGGUUUCUUCUUUUACUUAUUGUGAUAGUUUACAGCAUUUAGUGUUUUCUUAUUGUUAUCACCUUUGAUUAUCAUCUCAGUAAAAAAAGUAAUAUUGUUUUUGGUUUGUUUGUUUGGUUUUGUGUUUGCAGUUAUUUGAGGUGGCCUAGGUGGGUUCAGAAACUGAACAUGUACCUCAUGAGUCAUGAUCAUGGCUACACUGAGAGUUACAUGGCGUAUUUAGGGUUACCCAUUUAAAGCUUGUGACAACAAUGUUCAGCCUAUUCUAUAUUACUACAAUGUCCUAAUGAUUACAGCAUUACAUUUUUAUAUUGUAGCCGACGUGUAUUGUGUAGUGCUUGAUGAAAAUGUCAAUGGCUUCAUGAUGUAAAGAAGAAUGACUACAUUCCUUGUUUUUAUAUGCUGGUGUUGCUGUCCUUAGUUACUACACUGCCUUUAGUCGUGGAGAAAUUUUGACUAAUGUUUGCAAACAAGGAGAUGAUAAAAUACAAAAUGCAGCUACUUCAUUUGUGCACUCAGAACCUAUCAGGUAUUUAUAUUCCGAAACAAAGCAGACUGUUCCAUAUACAUAUAGACUCUUUUAUUGCAACAUUUCUGUACACCUUAAAAUGACUGCGGGAGUACAGAUGUAAGAUACACCUGACACCCCCACCACCCCCUCCAUCAAUGUUUUCGUAUCUUGCGACGCUGAUAACGUGACAUCUGCAGGCAAUGACGUCCACCAA